GGGCAGUGCGGCGAGUGCGGCGCCGGCGACCCGGCCGUGCUGGCGCUGGGCCCCGCGCGCCGCCCGCUCGUGUACCCGCGAGAUCUGCUGCUGCGUCUGCGACACUCGCCGCUCGUCAAGCGCGGCCUCGAGCACGCCUUCCGGGGCUGCGACGCCGCGCUCGCACUGGUCCUCAAGAAAGGCUCCGAUUCCCCCAACGACGACGACCGAGGAGCCAAAGGAGACGCUCCUAACGACAAUCAUAAGACGAGCGGCGGCGGGGGCGGGGGCGGGGGCGGGGGCGGAGUGCGCGAGCGUCGCGCCGCAGACCCGCGCGAGCGCGUGCGCCGCGAGAGCGAGGGCAGCGGCAUCGUGCUGUCGCCGCAGCGGCGCUCCUUCGUGUCGGGCUGCGGCGCACCAGCACCACCAGCACCACCGCCGCGACCUGACUCACCACAUCACCCGCACACGCACACGCACACGCAGAGCGCGGGCAAGACUGCAGAACAAGCGGGGAGGCGCAUCGGCUCGGGGCGCAUCAUGGUGCGCGAGCCGGGCGGCUGGGAGGAGCCGGACUUCCGCGACACAUACCGCCCCCCCAGGGAUCGCAACAACACAGACAGCAGGUUCGAGCGGAGGUCGUUCACUCGCGAUUCCUUCUCGUCGGACAUGAAGCGCGACCGUGAUCGCGACCGAGAUCGCGACCGCGACGACCGCUACGUCGGCGACAAGCCGCGAGAUAGAGAGGAGAACCGGCGGUCGGGCGGCCGCUACUCGCAGCGCAGAUACGACAAGGAGGAGGAGGAGCCCGAGUGGUUCAGCUGCGGCCCCACAUCACAGCUGGAGACCAUCGAGCUGCGCGGCUUCGACGACCCCCCGCGACGCAACGGCACCGCCACCUCGCAAGAGACUGAGAAGUGGAGCGGCGGCGAUGGAGCCGGCAAGGAGAGGGGCGGAGGCGGGGGCGGGGGCGGGGGCACGGCGCGAACGGACGCGGAGGCGGAGGCCGGCGCUCCGCCCCCCGCCCCGCCCGCCGACCCGCCGCAGCCCGGCGCCGCACAUCACGAGAAGGAGGAGGUGCGCGGGGCGGAGGGCGCGGCGGAGGCGGAGACGGAGGCGGCGCCGCCGGAGCCCGAGUUCAACCUCGACGACUUCCUCAAGUUCGACACCAUCCCGGACAUGCUCACCAACGGUACGAGUGGUGCAGAGGGAGGCAGUCGGUUCACGCAAUGGUUCAGACGUGAGAGCCCCGACACGCCGCACUUUGACGCCGCCACCAUGCUGCACCACGUGCUCGACGACUCGGAGAGCGUGCACGAGCCGUCGCCCGUGGAUGCUGCCCACGUGUUCGCGCCCAUCUCACCGCACCCCGCGCACCCCGCACACGCCCCGCACGCCCCGCACGCACCACACCAGCCCUUCUCACUGCUGGACCUCAUGUUCCGAGCCAACCAGAAACCGAGAGACGUCCCGAGCGGGCUGGGAGUGGGCGGGUUUGCGGGCGGCGGCGGCGGCGGCGGCGGCAAGAUGCAGAGCCUGGAGGAGCUGGAGGCGCGUCUGCGGCCGCACCACUCGGCGCCGCACCACAACGUCUCCGAGCACGACCUCACCGCCUUCAAGCGCCUCCUGGCGCAGGUGUCGGGCGGACAUGCCGUGACAGAGCAGCGCGCACCGCACCCGCAGCAUCAGCAGCACCAGCAGCACCAGCAACAUCACCAGCAACACCAGCCGCAGCCCAUGAGCCUCAUGCAGAUGUUAAACAAGAGUAUGGAACAGCAGCAGCAGCAGCAACAGGCGCAGCAGCAGGCGCAGCAGCAGCAACAGCAACAGCCGCAUAUCCCGCAGGAGCUCCUUUACAAGCUCCUGCAAGUGCAGCAGCGCCAGCAGCAGCAGCAGCAGCAGCAGCAGCAGCAGCAGCAGCAGCAUGCGCCGCCCGCCGCCGAGCUGGCCGCGCUCUCGCCCUCCGACCGCGACCUGCUGCAGCGCCCCGAGGGUCAGGCCAUCAUACGAGGUCUCAAGUCUGGCGAGAUCACUGUGCAGAACGUGAUGCAGCAGCUGAGCAACCCGGGACUGCAGAGCCGCCACCGCGAGAUGCUGCUCACCAUCCUGCGUCUGCACCACGCGCGACAGCAGCAGCAGAUGAGCGGGUCGCCGCUGCCCGGUGCGAUGGGCGCUAUGGGCGCUAUGGGCGCUAUGGGCGGCAUGGGCGCGCCUCAUCUCGUACUGCCGCAGCAUCAGCCGCUGCGUCUGUCGCCGCUGCCGCACGCCGCGUACUGCGUGUCGCCCAUGAUGGCCGCCAGCCCCGGCGCGCUGGGGGCCCACCACACAGGUACCAUCGCUCCCCCCCCUAUCCUCCUCCUCCUCCCUCACAUCGAUACUUGCCUACCUUCAGAUGUUGUACUAUGUCUACUUAGAAAAGAGAAGACGGAAAGUUUCCCCUCAAGAAAUCAUACAAUCAACCAAAAAAGUGGGGGUGCAGGUGGGGGUGCAGGCGGGGGCGGAGGUGUCGCGGGCGGCGGGGCGGCGCGCAUACCUUCACCGCGCGAGCUGGCGGCGCACACGCAGAGCAUCAUGCAGGGCGCGCUCAUCAAGAAGAAGCUGGAGGAGCAGCGCGAGAACUACCGCCGCCGGCACGACCCCCACCACAAGCAGUCCACGCCCAUCUCCUUCACGCCCACCUCGGUGCUGCGCAAGAUGACGGCCGACAAGGAGGCGGAGGCGCCCAGCCCCAAGCAGCAGCCGCAGCCCUGGGCGCAGCCGUCCAAGAUGCCGCAGGGCCGACCGAUAGUCAAGGGAAACCAGAGCGGCGCCCCCACCGCCCCCACCGCCCCCACCGCGUCCUUCGCGCAGCCCGAGUACGCGCACCACUACCUCGGCCAGCAGCAGAUGGCGGGCGUGCGCGCCUUCCCGCAGCCUGCGCCCCGCCAGCAGUACGGCGCGGGGGGCGGCACCACGCUGCAGCAGCUGCUGCUGCAGUCGCGCCAGCGCUCGCUCAACGAGAUGGCGGCGGGCGGGGCGGGGGCGGGGGCGGGGGCCGGCGGCGGCGACAACCAGCUGGCGCGCUGGUUCUCGCCGGAGCUGCUGGCGCGCGCCUCGGCCGGCAAGCUGCCCUCCGUGCACGUGCCCAAUGCCGUAGCGCUCGAGGACCUGGAGCGUCACCAGGCCCAGCUGGCGCCGCACCCCGCGCAGCCGGUGCGCAACUAGCGCCGCCGCAGACAUCGGCGCUCCAACACAACGUUUGUAAAGGACUUAAACCCUGUAAUAUUGUAAGUUCGGUUCUCUCGUCAG